AUGGCUACUUGGCGAGGCAGGCGCUGUCUGACCGGUCAGGACCCAAGUAGUCAGAAGAAACGGGUCGUUGAGAAAUUCGUGACCAGGUUGUUUCCCGACGUCCGCUACUACGUGAAGUUAGACAUCCCCUUAAUGUUCGAGCAGGCAGUAGCGAUGGUUGAGCAACUGUUAGCAAAGGCUACAGCUGACCUCUUGAUCAAUCCAGUGGGCGCCGCACGCACCAUUGAGGUGAAUGCGGUGGCAGCUGAACCGUGCCCCGCGCGCCCAGUCCCUAAAGCCUAG